AUGGCGGAAAUCCCACACUGUCUCUACUGCUUCGAGACCCUGGCGGCUCACCUCGAGAGUCGGGAGUCUAUGACGCUCGAGGAAGUCGAGAAGUCUUGGGAAGAAUACUACAGGGAUGCCGACAUCGUGGCUCCUGGCAGCGGAGAGGCGCCAUCGUCUAAGAAGCAAAUGCCAGCGCUCCGCCGUGUCGCCGAGAACUCAUCUUCCUCCAGCGGAAUCUCGUCGCCGUCCUCAGCCUCAACCAUGUCCCUCGAUACCGAGACUCCCGCGACAUCGACCUCCUCGCUGCCGACAUCACAGCCCGCAAUCACCGAAUCACCUCUCUUUGUGACGUGGAACACGGUAUCGCUGCGGACGGGCAAAACGUCGCUACGGGGCUGCAUUGGCACGUUCGCAGAUAUGGAGCUGGACGAGGGCCUCGCGUCGUACGCCAUCACGUCGGCGAUCCACGACACGCGGUUCGACCCGAUCGCGCGGCGCGAGCUGCCGUCGCUCGAGGUCGCCGUCACGCUGCUGACCGACUUCGAGGACUGCGCCGACGCCAUGGACUGGGAGCUCGGCACCCACGGCCUGCGCAUCAGCUUCACCGAGCGCGGCCGCCGCUACGGCUCAACCUACCUGCCCAGCGUCGCAGAGGAGCAGGGCUGGACCAAGGAGGAGACGCUCGUGAGCCUCAUGCGCAAGGCCGGCUGGGCAGGCCGCAAGGACAAGUGGCAGGACGUCGACCUCACGGUCGUGCGGUAUCAGGGCCGCAAGGUGGAGCUGCAGUAUCCGGAGUACAAGCACUGGCGCGAUUGGGUCAACGCGAAGGGCAAGGCAUAG